AUGUCGGUUGACGUCACUCUCUCCAUUAAUGCUUAUGUGAGGGAACAAUUUGUUGUUUACAGAACAUUUGGUUGUCAAAACACAGAAGAACUUCAUAACUUAUCUAAAGAAAUUCGAAAGUCAGAUAGAUUUGGGAUGGUGGUAAGCACGGCAGAAGAUGGCCAAUCCGGAAACGGAAUUGCCCAACAACAGCAGAGUGAGCAGAAGGAUGAACAGAACCGGCGACCGCCAUACACCAUGCAUGGGGUACUCCACUUUUUGCAACAUGAAUGGAGCAAAUAUGAAAUGGAAAAGGCUAAAUGGGAAAUGGAAAGGGCUGAAAUGCAGGCGCGAAUAAGCUUUUUGCAAGGCGAACGGAAAGGCCAAGAAAAUCUAAAAGCUGACCUUAUCAGAAGAAUAAAAAUGUUGGAAUAUUGUCUAAAGCAAGAAAGAGCUAAAAAUUAUCGACUAACGCAUAAUGGUGAAGAUCCACCCGAAUACGAUGAAGCAGAAAACGAAACAACGAAUGAAGUGGUAAUACCAAAUGAGGUUGACGCAUACGUUGCUGAAGGAGGUAGCGCUUUAGGAUGGAAGCAAGGUCGCCAGUUGCUCAAACAGUAUCUGCAGGAAAUUGGAUACAGCGAACAGAUCCUUGACGUGCGUUCCUUCCGCGUCAAAAAUCUUUUGGGAUUAAUUCCUCAGGGUGACUGGCCGUCCAAUGAGAGGAUUCCAGGGAAAACUCCCGCUGUUCAGAAGAAGGAUUUAGACAGUGACUCUGAAUCCGACGAACGUAAUGCACCUCGCGGCGGGCUAGACUCCGAAGCAGCUGAUGUUCUGGAGAAAUUCGACGAUUUUCUUCAUGAGCAGUCGUCUGGUGGUGCCACUGGUCGAGAUGAAUGGGCUGCAACUGACCAAGGUGUCAUAGAUCGUCUGAAGGAGAAAUACAAAAGUGAAAAACGCAUUAAACGAAGUUCGGGAAGCACCGAUGAGACGGAUGAAAAAAGACACAGUUUGAAUGACACCGUCCUGUCCGUAGGAAGUGGAAUCGUUGGGAAUCCUAUGGCAGGAGUGCGCGGUAAAAGAGGAGAAUAUAUGGAUCUCAAUGAUGCUCUUGGAUUACCACCGGACGAAAACAUUGACAUCAAGGAUGACUUCAUUGUUGAGGACGAUGAAGAAUCCCUGCGAACUGCUAAAUGGAAUGUAAAAAUGACGCUACGUUCACAUCUUGACUCAAUUAGAGCAAUGCAGUUCCAUCCUGUUGAACCCGUUUUGAUUACUGCUGGGGAAGAUGGUACUGCAAAACUGUGGAAUCUUGAUAUGGGCAAAGAAAAAUCUGGUGGCGCUUCUGAAAUUGAGCCAGUGUACACAUUUCGUGGACACAUGGGCCCUGUGCUAUGUAUUGAUCUUUCCCCAACUGGAGACCACUUGUUCACAGGGGGAAGAGAUGGAGUUAUCUGUUGUUGGAACGUUCCAAGCACUACAGGUGAUCCUUACGAAGCCUAUGAUCCAAAGGUGCUCAGUGAACGUUUGCGAGGUCAUAAAGAUUCGAUAUGGUCGAUAGCUUAUCAUUCAUCUGACAACCGCUUAGUUUCUGCCUCUUCAGAUGGUACAAUUAAGCUGUGGGAACCAGGCAAUUUUGGCGAGCCUCUGCUGCGAACAUUAGAAGCUCCCGUUGUUGGCUUAAUUCCAACUUCUGUUGAUUUCGUGUCGACAGAGCCCAGUCAACUUCUGGCUGCUUACACAUCUUCUACUGCAAACAUAAUCGAUAUCGAAACUGGCACAACAAUCCUCUCGUUUGAUUUUGGAGAUGAUGUAGUGCCUGGAUGUCGCAUUACUCGGAUUCUCUCGCAUCCUACCAUGCCUCUGACCAUCACUGCUGGGGAUGAUAGGAGAAUCCGCUACUUUGAUAAUCAUACAGGUAAACUAACUCACAGUGCUGUGGCUCAUGUAGAAGGAAUCUCUUCCUUGGCGAUAGACCCUAAUGGGUUGUAUCUUUUAUCUGGAAGCCAUGACGGUAGCUUAAGAAUGUGGAAUAUGGAAAAGCGGGUGUGUCUGCAGGAAAUAUCGGCGCAUCGGAAGAAAUACGAUGCUUCCGUUACGUGCGUUGCUUUUCACCCAUCUCGACCGCUUAUUGGAUCAGCUGGUGCUGACUCACUAGCAAAGUUGGAGCACAUUAUUUGCUCCGUAUUCAACAUUUCACCGGAUAGUCCUUCGAUAAGCUACAGUCACCUAAUAUCUAACGGAAGAAUUGCCGAUGCUCUGGUGAGAGCUGGACAUGAUGUGGUCAUGUUUAUACCAGAGUACAUGUCGGAGACGUCCAGAUUUAACGGAACGAAAUAUGCGAAAGUUGUGAGAAUGAAAAAUAUUAGUGACCUAAAAAUGUCAAAGGAUGCGAAAGUUUUCAUUUCUCUUUUCGGUUCGAGAUACGACGAUGACAUCGCCGGACUUGUUCUGAUGGAUAAGACGAGAUUAGGCUUUGCUGAUAGGCUUUCCUUCGAAUAUACGCUUGCCGAUAUGUGCAGAGCGUUGAUGGCUCGUCGGGACGAACUGGAAUACCUAAGAAACUACAAAUUUGACGUUGCGUUCGCUGAGCAAAUUGACUUUUGUGGAAUAGGAGUGAUCAGAUAUCUUGGAAUCAAGAACCUGUUGUGGAUUUCAACUACACCGAUUAUGGAUGCGGUCAGUUACAAUUUAGGUGUACCUGCACCCCCCUCGUAUGUACCGACGAUCGAAGAGAAUGACAACGGCGACAAUAUGUCGUUCUUAGAAAGGGCUUUUAAUCUUUACAUGUACAUUGGAACGAUUUUUGUUCAUCGAUGGGGGACCGACAUCACAACGGAGGUAUUCCGAAAAAUCGAUCCUAAUUUCCCGAAUGUCCGCGAAAUUGCUGCCAAUAGUAGUCUCUGCUUCGUUAAUGCCGAUGAGAUGUUUGAUCUGCCAAGACCGAUCAUACAUAAAACUGUCUACAUUGGUGGCCUAGGCGUUAGUGCACCUAAACCACUAGAUGAGAAAUUUUCCGAGAUAAUGAGUAAAGGCAAGAAAGGAGUGAUCGUCGUUUCAUUGGGCACUAUCGCUCCAUUCGACGCGUUUCCAACGGAAGUCAAAAUGAGUUUUGCUAAAGUGAUCAAAUCAAUGCCUGAUUAUCACUUUAUAUUGAAGAUCACUAAGGAGGAUACAACAACGCAGUCCUUUUUUGAAGGUGUCACGAAUUGUCAUCUCGCUGAAUGGCUGCCACAGAAGGACAUUCUAGCACAUCCUAAAGUAAAAUUAUUUGUUAUGCACGGUGGUAUAAACGGCUUGACUGAAGCUCUCCUCGGUGGAAUUCCGGUGGUCGUCAUACCAAUUUUUGCUGAUCAGUUUCGGAAUGGAAGGAAUGCUGAGAAACGAGGAGUUGGCAAGGUAAUACUGAAGCUGGAUCUAUCUGAAAAUACCAUCAGAGGAGCCAUCCAGGAAAUCCUCAACGAAGAGAGCUACAAGCAGAAUGCGCUUCGACUUUCAAAAUUAAUGCGAGAAAAACCAUUCUCGGCCGAAGAGCGCCUUGUGAAAUGGACGAAUUUUGCCGUGGACAAUGGUGUCUUAGAUGUCCUUCACGUGGAAGGGUCACGAAUGAAUUCCAUUAUUUAUUUCAAUCUGGAUGUUAUUGCUGUAGUUUUAGUUGUUCUGCUUCUAUUGGCUGCCAUUUUUGUACGAGUCUUUAGUGCUUUCACGAGGAAUUCUUUCUUGGGAAAAGCAAAGCACGAGUAG